ACAGUACCCAGAUAACCAAAUCUGCAAAAGCAGAGUCCCACACAGCAGAUCCAUGGCCUACUGUGUCCGCAUUGGGCUUGUGUUUUGUAGACGUAAUCUGCUGGACAAAAUUUGACAGCAUAUUGACGGCAGAAAAGCAACAGAUCUGUCGAAUGCGGUCUCUGUGCGGAACGCGAGCUUGGUGUGGACACAGUAAACUGUGGAUUUGUUGUGGGAUUCUGCUUUUGCAGGUUUGGUUAUCUGGGUACUUAAGAUGAUCUUAAAUAUAAGACCCGACUAUGAAUACCGGCCUAAAUGCACCCAUUUGAUCGGUCUCCAAUUAUUCCCAGGGGGUCUAUUACGGUUCUUAGGUGAGUUCACUCACUUUUCACAUUUCCAGCACUCUCUCCACUGAUUGGUGUAUACUUUUAGAACUAACAAUAUACACCAAUCACUGUAGCUCACUUUUCACAUUUUCACAGUGAGUGAUCUCACCUAAGAACUGUAAUAGACCCCCUGGUUCCACAACUGAGGGUGCCGUCACAUGCGGCGUAACUUGCGAAAUGCGCAAUUUAUGUCGACCAAUCACAUCGUUGUAGAGCACGUUAAAGCUAGAGUCCUAUAAUCAGGGAAGCGCGAACUCAACCCCCACUUUGCCACCCGCCGCCAUCUUGGGAUCGACAGCCGCGUGCGUUGCGUAUAUGUGUGUACUUACCGUGUGCAUUUAUUUACAGUCGGAUCUUUCAUUUAGCAUAGCCACGGGACCAAAUAUGAUAAAUGAGAGGUUCGUGUUGUUCGUGUUAGCGUCGCCCAAAACAGGGCCGUACGUACAUGUCGUCAGAUCCAGUUUCAAACUGUGGAGGUUAGAAUGUGAUUCUUGCAUUGGCAAGUACAUAUAAACGGACCUGAUGCGGACGACUGCGCAUCGAGUACACGCAGCGACUGUGAUCACGUGGUAUACUAAAACGGAUUGGUAUCACAUAGAGUCCUAUAAUCAGAGAGACGCGACCUUGUUCCUACUUUCUGAUUGGUGCCGCCAUGUUGAGCUCGCAAGGUUCACGUGACCCAUGUGUCGUGUUGUAAAUAAAUGCACAUUUGUAAUCACGAUGGUGAGGUACUGUGCAGCUAAAGGGUGUAACGUAAAAGAAAAACAAGGUAUAAUGUUAUUUCGAUUUCCCAAAGAACCAGAAAGACGUGCGAAAUGGAUUACAAUAGUAAACCGUGUGAAUUGGCAACCUUAUUCAAAUAGCACACUUUGCGAACUUCAUUUUGGCGAAGAUCAGUGGGAGCAGACGAGAGUCGAUGGUUCAAGAAAAUUACGGUAUUCAGCUAUUCCAUCACUAUUACUUUCAAAAGAAAACUCUUCGCCUGUCCCGUCCGUCUCUUUUAUUGAUAAACAUAACUACUGUUCCUUAUCCAGUGCUUCUGCAACUAUCUUUCGUCAAUCACAAAGUCCCUUAAAGGACAUUACUAAUGUAAUACAGUCGUCAGCAUCUUUAUCAGAUUUAAAGACCAUGGAAAAAGAAUUUGUGGAAGAGUCUGUGGAAAAAUCUGUGAAAGAAUCUGUGAUAGAACCUGUGGAAGAAUCUGUAAAAGAAAUUGUGGAUUUGAAACAGCAAUUAGAGUUAAAAGAAAAAGAAUUAGCUGCACUCCAGACAAAACAUAUUUCCAUGCAGAAAAUAGCAGAUAGAGUUUUCAAGAUUUACCACAAUAUCAAGAGGCAAAAUGAAACAAUGAAAACAAAACUUAAAAGACUUCAAUGUUCCUAUUGUCGCAGUUCUAAAUUAUUCGCUCCAAAAUUGCAUGAAGAUCAAUUGAAGGCUUUAUGUUCAAACACUACUAGAGGAAGAAAAUGGAGCAUUCAAAGCAUUACAGAUGGAUUAAUUUACAAGAUGAAAUGGGGCACACAAGGUUACUCGGACUUCGUUAAGAAAUAUCCUAUUUUUCCUUCAGUUAGAACACUUCAAGAAGCAGUUGAACAUAUGAAGUUUGAGUCAGGUAUUCUGGAAGAAGUAUUUGACGUAAUUCAGUGUCAAAUUCCACAUAUGACACUUCAUGAAAUACACUGCGUGGUAGUAUUGGAUGAAAUGGCUAUUAAGCCUGGUGAGAUGUAUGACUCUUCCACUAAAAGAAUCAUCGGAUUAUGUACGUUUCCUGGGCACAUCGGUCUUGCAAAGAAAGCAUUAGUCAUUGCAUUAGCAGGAAUCACUACUCGGUGGAAGUAUGCUGUAGCAUAUUAUUUAACAAACAAGGUUGAUUCUGAAGCAAAACAAACAAACUGUAAUUUUACAGGAAAUGCAUUAAAAGACAUAAUCAGUAAAGUCAUUGUGAAAGCAGAGAACAUCGGCUUGAAAGUUGCUGCUGUGAUUUCAGAUAUGGGAUCUGACAAUUUAUCUUUAUGGAGGGCUUGUAAUAUUGGAUAUCAAAAUGAUGAAGUGAGGUGCACCAUCCCUCAUCCAGCUCGACUACAAGACAAGUUAUGUAUUAUGCCUGAUCCUGUUCAUUUAUUUAAAAAUAUCCGUUCUAUGUUAGAAAGGCAGAAAGUGAUUUAUUUGCCUGAGUCAAUUUUACACUCUCUAGGUCUCAGUUAUCCUAUUGUAGAAGUUAAAUACUUAGAAGAAUUAAUGCGUCAUGAACAAAAGUUUGAAUUUAAGAUCAGCAAAUUCACAGAAUCCAGCCUUCAGACGAAGAAUAAUCACUUCUCCACGAUGAAAGUUUCUACACCAAGGUCUGUUAUUUGUCAAAGAACAGUAGUUGGCCUCAAUAUUUAUGCAAAGAUCUCAGAAAAUUCAAAAAUUGCUACUACAGCUUUCUUCAUUUCCCUUGUUGAUCGUUGGUUUGCUUUUGUCACUAACAGAAGUUUAAAGCUCGCUCUCAGUAAGAAAAAUGAAGAUAAUUAUAACAAAGCUAUUGAUCAUCUUAAAUUCACAGCCUAUGUAUUCCGAUAUAUGAAGAUUGGCACAAAAGGUCAUUGGAAACCGGUCCAGACAGGACUACUCAUGGUAGUUGAAUGCUUAUUGUUCCUGCAGAAUUAUUUCUUGAAUGAAGUUGGUCUUUCCUUUUUGUUACUAGGCCGCUUUACUCAAGAUUGCCUCGAAAAUCUAUUCUCUCUUCUGCGCUUCAGACAACCUGUUCCCUACGCUCUCCAUUUCAAACAAAAUUUGAAAAUGAUUACUUUGUCACAGUUAUCCAACAACACCAAAAAAAACACAAGCUAUUAUAAUGACGAUGAUACUAAAAAAAUCGAGCAUAAUUUCUUGGAGUUUUCUAAAGCUAUAGGAAUCUCACGACAGCAUGAGAAAGAUUUGAACGCAUUUUUCGAAACAUGUGCCAUUAAAAUCCCACAGGUGUCUGACAAUCAGAUGCACAGCAUUGAUGAAUGGGAGUGGCCAAUAAUAUAUGACAUAGCUGGAUCUGUUGUACGUAGUGUUAAAUGUAUAAACAUAAAAAUUUGCGAUGACUGCUUUAAAAGUGUUCUUUGGAACGGUAAAAAGUAUCAUCCUUAUUCCAUUAUUGUUCAAAUGAGAAGCUAUACAGAGAAUAGUCUUUUGCAUGUGUCAGAUCCCUGUUUUAAAGCCAUCAUGAAGUCUGAAAUUACUUUCCGCCAUCUGAAAGACACACUUACUAAAGCUAAAGAUAUGAACAUUGUGAACUUUGUAGUAAAAGAGCUAGAGUAUGUAUGGGAAGGAGCAAAUAUACCUCUCUGCCAUGAUAUUACUACCAAAAUCCUGAAGAGGUUUAUUACAAUGCGAUUGAAAAUGUAUGGAUUGAAAGAAAGAAAAAAACAUGCUGAAAUGAAUUUUGAACGUGUUUAUAACAGUAAGACUGCAGCCAGGUUUGCUAUCAUUUCCUGAUAUGAUCUCUUAUCUGUGCCAAAUUUAUGACUGGCUAUUUAUUUUAUAAUACAUAUAAACUGUUUAUAAAUUUUAAUUUAUAAUUACAAUUGUUAUAAAUUUACAAUUGUUGAUAAAUUUUUAGGUAAUUUAUAAGCUGUUAACGACUAAUGUAAAACAUAAAAUAAAGAACUUACUAUAAAACAUAAA